CGCAGCCCGAGCGGCGGGGUGACCAUGGAGGAAGAAGAUGAGUCUCGAGGGAAAACAGAGGAGUCAGGCGAGGAUCGGGGUGACGCUCCUCCAGACAGGGACCCCCCGCUUCCUCCUUCUGCCUUUAUUCUGCGGGCCAUUCAGCAAGCCGUGGGGGUUUCUCUGCAUGCUGAGGAGAAAGAGGCCUCUGGGUGCCCGGGGCUUCGAUGGAGGCGCUGCCGAAGCCCUCGGGCUGAGUCGGGUCCCCGGGAAUCAGGCGGGACCGGCUCUGCUACUGGGAUGGAUGUGGCAGCCGAUAGCUUCCUGGCAGGACUAGUGAACAUCCUGGAGCCCCCGGACACGUGGGUGCCCAGCCACCUGGACCUGCGGCCCGGCGAAGGUGAGGACCUGCUGGAGCUGGUGGCCGAGGUUCGGAUUGGGGACAGGGGACCCGUGUCCAGCUUGGUGCCCCGACUCAGGGCCUGGAGGACGGGCAAAACGGUUUCUCUGCACAUGGCCCGGCCGGCCUGUGCCCGCCACCUCCUCACCUUGGGCACCGGGGACGGGGGUCCCGCUCCUCCGCCCGCGCCCUCCUCCGCCUCCUCCUCGCCCUCCCCGUCCCCCUCCUCGUCCUCCCCGUCCCCACCUCCGCCCCCACCGCCCCCGGCCCCGCCCGCGCCCCCGGCCCCCCGCUUCGACAUCUACGACCCCUUCCACCCCACCGACGAGGCCUACUCGCCCCCGCCGGCCCCCGAGCAGAAGUACGACCCCUUCGAGCCCACGGGCUCCAACCCCAGCUCCUCGGCGGGGACCCCCUCCCCGGAGGAAGAGGAAGAGGAGGAAGAAGAGGAGGAGGAGGAGGAGGAGGAAGGCCUGUCCCAGAGCAUCAGCCGCAUCUCCGAGACCCUGGCCGGCAUCUACGACGACAACAGUCUGAGCCAGGAUGUGCCGGGCGAGGGUGAGGAGGAGGAGGAGAAGGAGAAGGAGAGCCCCCGGCCGGACCCGCAGCCCCCGCCGGGGCCGCCACCCCCGCAGCCGCCGCCCACGGGCCCCGGCACCCCGCCGCAGGCCGACUCCACGCGCGCCGAGGCCGCCCCGCGCCGCCGCGUCUUCGUGCUGGGCCCCGAGGCCGAGGCGAGCCGCGAGGGCAAGGUGGCCGUGGAGGUGGUGACGGCGGCGGCGGGCGGCCCCGGCGACUCGGAGAUCGAGGAGGGGGAGAUCGUGCAGCCCGAGGACGAGCCCCGCGUGGCGCUGGCGCUGUUCCGGGGUGCCGGCGGCCGGGCGCCGCGCCCCGCGCCCGGCCCCGCGCCGCCCCCCGCCCCGCCGCCCGCGCUGCGGCCCGCCGAGGGCGACGACUUCCUCUCGCUGCACGCCGAGUCGGACGGCGAGGGCGCCCUGCAGGUGGACCUGGGGGAGCCCGCGCCCGCGCCCCCCAACAGCGCCGCCAACGACGCCCGCUGGGCCGGCCUGGACCUGCGCCGCAAGAUCCUCACGCAGCGGCGGGAGCGCUACCGGCAGCGCUCGCCCUCGCCGCCCGCCGGCGGGCCGCCCGCGCCCGGCUCAGGGUCAGGACCGGGCCCGGGCCCGGCCAGCGGCUCCUCGGCCUCCCGCAAGAAGUCGCGGCGCGAGCGCAAGCGCAGCGGCGACGCCAAGGAGGCCGCGGCCUCGGCGUCCUCGUCCUCGUCCGGGCCGGCCGCGCCGCUGGCCCCGCCGCCGCCCCCCGCCUCGGCCUCCGCCUCCAACGCCGCCGCCUGGGACUCCAAGAAGCACCGCGCCCGCGAGCGCAAGCCCGGCUCCUCCGCGCACGCCUCGGCCUCCUCCCGCCGCCGCUCCCGCACGCGCACCCGCACCCGCUCGCGCUCCCGCUCGGCCCACCGCCGCCGCCGCGCCUCCCGCAGCAGCACCGAGCGCCGGCGGGGCAGCGGCCGCCGCUCCCGCUCCCGGGAGAAGCGGCGGCGGCGGCGGCGCUCGGCCUCCCCGCCGCCCGCCGCCACCGCCUCCUCCUCCUCGUCCUCGCGGCGCGAGCGGCACCGCGGCAAGCACCGCGACGGCGGCGGCAAGAAGAAGAAGAAGCAGCGCUCCCGCUCGCGGGGCGACAAGCGCGGCGGCGACGGCGACAAGGGCCCCGCGGCCGGGCCCGCCGCCUGCAGCUCCGCCGCCCCGCUGGGCGCCGAGCGCGACCACCACCACCGGCGCCGCGGGGCCGUGCCGCCGUCCAUCCAGGACCUCACGGACCACGACCUGUUCGCCAUCAAGCGGACCAUCACCGUGGGCCGGCCCCUGGACAAGGCCGACGCCCGCGGCCCCUCGCCCGGCCCCGCCGCCUCGCCCCGCCGGGAGGUGCUGUACGACUCGGAGGGGCUGAGCGCCGAGGAGCGGGGCGGCAAGGCCGGCGACCGCGACAGGGACCGCGACCGCCGCCGGCCCGGCGUGGCCGCCUCGUCGUCGUCGUCCUCGUCGCGGGACAAGGGCUCCCGGCGCAAGGCGCUGGACGGGGCCGAGCGCGACCGGGAGCGGGGCUCCAAGAAGGCCCGGCCGGGCAAGGAGUCGGCGCUGGCCCUGUCCGGCAGCGUGGCCAAGCCACCCGGCGGCAGCAGCAGCGGCGGCGGCUCCGGGUCGUCCUCGUCCUCCUCGUCGUCCUCGUCGCGCAAGGUGAAGCUGCAGUCCAAGGUGGCCGUGCUGAUCCGCGAGGGCGUCAGCAGCACCACGCCCGCCAAGGACGCGGCCGGCGCCGGCCUGGGCUCCAUCGGGGUCAAGUUCAGCCGCGACCGCGAGAGCCGCUCCCCUUUCCUCAAGCCCGAGGAGCGGACCCCGGCCGAGGUGGCCAAGGCCACCCCGGGCAGCGCCAAGCCCAAGAAGGCCAAGGUCAAGGCCAAGACGGGGGCCAAGAAAGCCAAGGGGACCAAGGCCAAGACCAAGGCCACCAAGACCCGCAAGAAGGGGCGCAGCGGGCCGGGCAGUGCGGGCAGCGGCCCGGGGACCCUGAAGAAGUCCCGCGCGGACAGCUGCAGCCAGGCCGCCGGACUCAAGGGCGCCGACGAGGCCUGGUCCGGGGAGGAGCGUGCCAAGGCCCCCAGCACGCCGCCCCCCAAAGCCACGGCGCCCCCGCCCGCACUCACGCCGGACUCCCAGACGGUCGACAGCAGCUGCAAGACCCCCGAGGUCUCCUUCUUGCCCGAGGAGGUUUUGGAGGAGGCCGGGAUGCGUGGUGGGGGGGAGGAGGAGGAGGAGGAGGAAGAAGACGAGGAGGAAGAGGAGGAGGAGGAGGAGCAGCAGCAGCCGGCGACCACCACGGCCACCAGCACGGCCGCCGCCGCCCCCAGCACAGCCCCCAGCGCUGGCUCCACGGCCGGGGACUCGGGCCCCCUGGAGGACGGGCCCGCUCGAGCCCCGCAGAUGCCCGCAUUGGCCCCGCCCAUGCCCUGGAACCUGCCAGCGGGUGUGGACUGCACCACCAGUGGCGUCCUGGCCCUGACUGCACUUCUUUUCAAGAUGGAAGAAGCCAACCUGGCGAGUCGGGCCAAGGCCCAGGAGCUGAUCCAGGCCACCAACCAGAUCCUCAGUCACAGGAAGCCCCCCUCGGGUCUGGUGACACCGGCUCCCGUGCCCACGACGCUGGGCCUGCCCCCUGGGCCUAGCUACUUGCUCCCUGGCAGCCUCCCCUUGGGGGGCUGCGGCUCCACCCCUCCCACCCCCACCGGGCUGGCUGCAGCCUCUGAGCGGAGGGAGGGCAGCAGCAGCUCAGAGGGACGUGGAGACACGGACAAGUACCUGAAGAAGCUGCACACGCAGGAGCGGGCGGUGGAGGAGGUGAAGUUGGCCAUCAAGCCCUAUUACCAGAAGAAGGACAUCACCAAGGACGAGUACAAAGACAUCCUGCGCAAGGCCGUGCACAAGAUCUGCCACAGCAAGAGCGGCGAGAUCAACCCCGUGAAGGUGAGCAACCUGGUGCGUGCCUACGUCCAGCGCUACCGCUACUUCCGCAAGCACGGCCGCAAGCCUGGGGACCCGCCCGGACCCCCGAGGCCGCCCAAGGAGCCAGGGCCCCCCGACAAGGGUGGGCCCGGCUUGCCCUUGCCCCCUCUCUGAGCCCCACGCAGUCCCCCUCUUUGCCGCCGCCUUGAAAUUCUGGACAUAUUUAUGGCUCCACCUCCCCACCUCCCCCCCCAAGUGGGACGAUGGGGGAGUCGCUGCGAGGAAGAGGAGAGCCCCCAACCCCCUGCCCCCCAUGCCCUGCGUCCUGGUCCCCCCAUCCCGGUCCCAUGCCCACCCACCCCCCAUUCGUGCCCUGCCCUGUUUCAUUAAAGAUUUCAUGAAAUGUU